AUGAAGGGCUUUUCGGCACUUGCACUCCUCGGCCUGCUGGGGCGGUGCGCCGUCGCCGCCGGACGUGCCGGCACCGACACCUCAGCGUGGGCCGAUGACGGCCCGCUGUGCCUGCAGUCCUGCAAAAGCAGCCUGUGGCGAAUCCCCUUUGGUGACGUCCCCGAUGGGACUGUAGGGGCGCAGAAAUCUUGCACGAGCCGACUGGAAUUACGCUCGACAUAUCUGUGUUUGAGCCUGUAUUGCCUGCCCGAGGCGCGGGACCAAGCCUACGGAGAAUUGUAUGAGACAUGUCUCGCGCAGGUGGGCGUGGACAUUCCGCCGCUCGACAUUGUCGCCGGAUAUACGCGGGAGCAGAUUGGCGAGAUGGAGCGCGUGCACCAGGGCGACAUUUUUGCGCCGGGCGACAAGGUUGAUCGGUUAAAGAUUCCGGCCAGUGCCCUCUUUGCGGCGUGGUUCACGACUUUGGACGCAUACAAAUAUGUCGCAUAUUAUCAUACCAGCUACGGAUUCGCCAUCAUGUGGUUCUGGGUCCUUGUGAUCGCAUUUGGCGCCGGAUACCGGCUGUUCAAAGCCGUCGCGUACAAGCUGAGCCCGAAAGUUCCACAGACGCGUGCCAUCGGAGCUUACGGCUCGAUGACUCGAUGGCUGCAGCGAAAAGUGAUUCUCCCUGCGACAUUCGGCCAGCGCUGCGCGCAGAGCAUCUGGUGGUGCACGAUCCCGCCACGCAUCCAAACCCUUACCCUGCUCGUCUUUGCCAUGAUCAACAUAGUCUUUAGCGUCCACGGUUAUCGUCUGACUACCGUGAACCUGUACUUUGGGACAGCUGAGCACCAGAUUUUCCGCUACGUUUCGGACCGCACGGGCAUCAUCUCGUUUGCCAAUUUCCCCGCAAUCUGGCUGUUUGGAAUGCGCAAUAAUGUGGCCAUGUGGCUGACGGGCUGGGACUUUGGCGCUUACAACAAUUUCCACCGGUGGGUGGCGCGGAUUUCGACAGUGCAGGCUGUGGUGCACUCGGUCGGCUACACCGUCCUAAUCUUACGACAAGGUGGCUGGACGUACUUCUCGUCGUACUGGACAAAAUGGUGGUGGUGUGCAGGCGAGAUUGCGACUAUCGUCAUGUGUCUGUUACUCGCGUGCUCCGUGUACUGGAUGCGACGGCAAAAGUACGAGCUGUUCCUCAUCCUGCAUAUCGUCAUGUCUGUCAUUAUCCUCGGUACCAUGCUUGGCCAUGUUUCUAUAUUCAAUGGCGUGUACGACGGCCCGUUCUGGGCAGCCGUUGUUCUCUGGGUCCUGGACCGAGCGAUGCGCCUCGGUCGUGUGCUGGCAUUUAAGCCCAAGUCGUGGUCGACUCCCGCGUCUGUGACGUACGAUGAGUCGUCCAAUAUUGUACGGCUGCAGAUUCCGACGGAAGAACGAGUAUACAGGGUCCGUCCAGGGACAUUCUACUACCUGACUGUGCUCGAUGUGGCAUGCAGCUGGGAGAGCCACCCGUUCACAGUGGCAACUGUCCGCCACGGAGCCCAAGCUGAGCAGGCGCCGCUGCUUCCUUCGGCUACUGAACCCCAGGAUAUGGACGAAACAGAAGGCAAGGUUGUGUCAGAGUCAGCCUCUAUGACGUUUCUCAUCCGACCGUACGACAGCUUCACAGAGCGCCUCAAAGUGUCGGCAAGCACAAAGCAGCAGCCUGCAACAGUCCGCGUAUUGGUGGACGGCCCUUACGGAAACACGCUGCCCCUGGAACGAUUCAGCCAUGUUUUGUUCAUUGUGGGCGGCAGCGGUGUUGUGCUGCCGCUCUCAUACCUCGAUCUCUUGACGAACCAGACUCAAAAUCAGCCAUCGGUGGAUAUUCACUGGGCCGUGCGCGAACCGGCGUUUGCCAAAGAUGUGCUCAUCAAGGACAUGGCCGGUGCGCUCGCCAAGGAGACCGUGUCUGUCAAUAUUUACGGCCCUUCACGCGGCCAUAAUCUUUUACACGGAGUCUCCAGCCAAGUGGAGGAGCAUUUCGGCCGUCCAGACGUUCACAGCAUUGUGGCAUCCAAGAUGGCCGAACCCGACAUCGAGAGCCUUGCCGUGGUGGCCUGCGGCCCUGCUGGUAUGGCUGACGAUGCGAGGAGAGCGGUUGUAGAUGUAUUGGAGCACGCUCCGUUUGACAUACAAUAUUUUGAGGAGCAUUUUACUUGGUAG